CGUCAGUUUCCUGUUUACUACUGGCUCUGGUUAAAGUUCCUUUGCUACAUCAAACACGGCUAAAUAUCAUUGCAGUAUUGCAAAAGCGCUCUUUCGUAUGUAUUUUCGCACAUCUGAUCGUUCUGGCGUUGUAAACAACACUGAAGGUAUUGUCUUCACAUCGAAAUUAAGACGUUUUAAAAACUUGAGGUCGAAAAGCGUGGUUUCCUGUGAUUGGUGACCGGGUGUUGAGAUCACUUCAGUGGGAUGCGGGGUUUUGAUGUGAGAGCAGGAAAAAAGGAACACAGCAACGCGUGGUUUUCAUAACAAAUGGACAAAACUCUUCGUUUUUGCUCUCGGAGGAAAUAACAGCGGCAAGAAGCCUUGAAGUCUUCCUCGUGUCGUACAAGACAGUCGACAACGUGCUAUUUUGAUAACCGGUGCUGUGGAGGGGCAUCACCUCGCCAGGACCCUGAACUCGGGACGUGUUUACGGCUCCGGCUCCGGCCCCGGUGCCUUAAAACGGGCGGUGAGGAAGAAGCUUGCCCUGAAGGGAUGGCCUGGAGGAUCAUCUCGGCCUCAGGGAUCUGCGCUUUUUAAGGAAGGGCGUGUUAGGAUCGAGCAGAAGGCGGGUGACGGCUCGAUGAUGAUGGCUAGUAGGAGCGAAGAAUUAACCGAUCUGAUCGACGUGUUCUCCAAGAGCCAGUACAGGGCGAAGGAGGUCACGCCGGGGGUAGAGAGAAUAGAGAAGCGCUAUCUGGAGCUGUUUGACCGGGAUUACAAGUACAGUAUCAUCCACAACACCAAUGGGGAGGUGUGUGGUCAUUACCCACGGAAGAUUGUGUUCCUGGAAUAUGAAUGUUCAGACAACAAUAAAGAAAGGUUUGAGAGUACAGUGCAGAUUAGUAAGCUGCAGGAUCUGGUGAAUCGCAGUAAAAUGGCUCGUUGUAGAGGAAGAUUUGUCUGCCCUGUCAUCCUCUACAAUGGAAAGCAUGUGUGCCGAUCCUCUACACUAGCCGGUUGGGGUGAACUUUAUGGACGCACUGGAUAUAAUUACAUUUUUUCAGGGGGUACAGAUGACUCCUUGGGUGAAGCUGAAGAGGUUCUGGAGGAUGACUGUGCAGUUCGCAAUGGUGAUUCACAGUUGUUUGAUAAGGUUAGGGGCUCUGACAUUAAGCUGUUGAAGUAUUUGUCUGUACGCUACAUCUGUGACCUCAUGGUGGAGAAUAAGAAGGUCAAGUUUGGCCUCAAUGUGACCUCCUCUGAAAAGGUGGACAAGGCUCAACGCUAUGCUGACUUCACCCUACUCUCUGUGCCUUAUCCAGGAUGUGAAUUCUUCAGGGAAUAUAAAGACAGAGAUUACACAGCAGAAGGACUUGUCUUCAACUGGAAUCAGGACUUUGUGGAUGCUCCUUUGACAAUCCCUGCGUGCUUUACAAGAAACCUCAACAUCAACUGGAGUGAAUAUCAGUCCUGGGACCUGGUGCAACAGACACAGAACUACCUGAAACUGCUUCUACACAUCAUCAACUCUGAUGAUGAGAACGGUUUACUGGUGCACUGUAUAUCAGGCUGGGACAGGACACCACUUUUUGUGUCCCUGCUUAGACUCUCUUUGUGGGCGGACGGUGCUAUUCAUGCCAGUCUGGAGCCAUCUGAGAUCCUUUACCUGACUAUCGCAUAUGACUGGUUCCUUUUUGGUCACAUGUUGCCUGACCGGCUCUCUAAGGGAGAGGAGAUUUUCUUUUUCUGCUUCAAUUUUCUGAAGCAUAUUGUUUGUGAGUCAUUUUCAGUCGUGAAAAAACAAAGAAGAAAAAAUUCUCAUUUCAAAGAUGCUGACUUUACAGUGGAUGACCUUUGCCAGUUAAAGUCUAGAGAUCGGGGUAGUGUGACGAGUCUGAGCAGUGAUUUCUCUCUCAUCACAGAAGACGCAUCAGCUUCCCCCAGUCUACAAGCAGAAGCUACAGACCUGAUUACACUUGGCCCACAGGCUUCUAAUGGGAGGAAAGGCAUGCCGUUGGCUGCUCAUUCUGUUCUUUGGAACCGACCAAUCACUUCAGAGGAGCGAAUACCUAAUGUUAUCAAUGAGCCUAGUCCUCUGGGCUCCUUCAAGUCUUCAAGCUCCUCCUCAUCCAACCACUCAGAUCAAAAUGUCACAAGGACAGGGAGCACCCCAUUAGCUGUACCAGGAAGGAGGCCAGUGGUGGAGUAUGCUCGUUCAGGCUCCUCAGUGUCCACAGAUUACGGCAGCUGGCAGAUUGUCUCAGGAUGUGGGAGUAUCCAUGAUCUUCCCCCAGUGCCAUCAGAGUCACCUCUUCCAUUCAGCUUCCAGGAUGAAGGUCCCAGCGGACGAAUGUGAGUCUCAUGCACACU